AUGUCGUCCAAAAUGCUGAUAGUGGGCAUCCUCCAGGCGCAGGACCUCCCAGCUAUGGACGUAUGCGGCACCUCUGACCCCUAUGUCAAAGUCUACAUGCUGCCAGAUAAGAAGAAGAAGUUUGAGACCAAAGUUCACCGCAAGAACCUGAGUCCAGUCUUCAAUGAGACAUUCAGCUUUAAAAUACCCUACACUGAGUUGGGUGGUCAGACUCUGGUGCUGCAGGUUUUUGACUUUGACCGUUUUGGCAAACAUGACGUCAUUGGUGAGAUCAAGAUCCCAAUGAACACCAUCGACCUCGCACAGCCCAUACACGAAUUUAAAGACCUGGUUGGAGGAGAGAAAGAGGCGCAAGAGAAGCUGGGAGAUAUCUGUAUUUCUCUUCGUUACGUGCCCACUGCUGGGAAGCUAACAGUCAACAUCAUGGAAGCGAAGAACCUGAAGAAGAUGGACGUCGGAGGACUGUCAGAUCCAUUUGUUAAGGUGGUGCUGCAGCACAAUGGAAAACGACUGAAGAAGAAGAAGACGUCCGUCAAACAAAACACUCUGAAUCCUUACUUCAAUGAGAGCUUCAGCUUUGAGAUCCCUUUCUCCCAGAUCCAGAAAGUCCAGGUGCUGAUCACUGUGUACGACUACGACAAGCUCGGCAGCAACGAUCCAAUCGGCAAAUGCUGGAUCGGCUACGGCGCCUCUGGCGUCGGCCUUCGCCACUGGUCAGACAUGCUGGCCAAUCCCAGGCGUCCUGUGGCCCAGUGGCACACGCUGCUGCCUGAGGAGGAGGUGGAUGCUGCUCUGAAGGCUCCCAUUCGCUAAACAAACACACAACAUUCAUUUUUAUAAUAUUACAUUUUUGAAUCUCUUUAUAUGAGUAGGCAGCGUGUGCUGUGUGUUUUAUUGAUGACUAGAAAUGCCAUUUUGAUUGAUUGAUGUUUGAUGUAUGCACACUGGAACGUGUGACCCAUGCAUUCACAAAAUUCACUAUCGUACCUGGAUCUCCCAUAAUACAACAUUGAUGAGUAGCCUUAACAUCAUAGUACAACUGACUUACUUUGCCUAGCAACAGAGCUGCAGCUGUAACUGGCUGCAGUACAGGUGAUAGCUUUUAUUGGUUAUUUAAGUUGAGUUGAAACCCAGUACUUUUGCAUUCAUUGAACCUUCACUCAUUAAACCACCUUAAGGCAUCAGUGUGCCAGCAUUUGGUAAUCACAUGACCUUUCAUCAGCAUUCAGUAUUUUCCAUGUCGACUCCUGUUAUUUUUUUGAGAUUGUGAUCAUUGUUUGGAAGUUGGAGGUCAGUUUUCUCUCAGACAAAAGUGUCCUCCAGCACAUUUUCAUGCCAAAUUCAACUUCUUAACUUCAUAUUUUUCCUCCGAUGAGAAACCUCUCAUCUUACACACCUGGUUGUUUCCCUCUGAAAUGUGUUGGUUUUGUCCAUUGUGGGUAAUUGUGACUCCUUAUGUGCUUGUG